AUAUUUUCUAAUAUCAAAUCGUUUUAAUUGAACGAAUACUUUUCAUUUAUAAUAUUUUGGACAAUAUUUAAAGAAUUUCAAAAUGGUAUGUUAUGAUUCUGUAGAAAUAGAGGAUCGUAAAAUAAAAAAACCUUAUUUGGGAGGAUGGAAACAUAAAAUUACCCAAGUAGAAUAUUUAAAUGCCGAGUCGCAAACAGGUCCAUUGAUAAAGAAACCAAUAAAAGAAAAAUGCAGCAAAAAGGUGCAAUAUAUUUAUUGGACGGAAGUAUCCACGCAAACACCAUAUCAUCGUUCGACCCAGAUGGCACGACCAGAUUGUUUUAUAUCGAGUGAAUCAGAUACAUAUAUAACAUCAAAACCGUACGAAACAUACGAAGAAAUGAUGAAACGAUUGGACUACGAUGGAAAAGCACGAAUUAUUCAAAAAAAUUAUAAAAUAUAUAAAUUGUGGAAAUACGUUAAACAAUAUGCGAGAGAAUAUCGAGAGCUUGCCAAACAAUGUAAAUUUUAUGAAGCAGAAAAUAUAUUAUUAUACAGGAAAAGGCAUCAGGGUGAAAUUCUUCGACGAAUCGAUCCCAAAACACGACUGGAUUUCGAUUUGUUGUACGAUUUGGUCGAAAAAUGGAGACGCGAUCAUAUCGAAUGCACGAAACAACUUUUCUUCAAACCCGGAAGAUGUGCAGAAAAUUAUAUGAUAUUGGAAAAAAUGGUGGAGAUGUUGAAUGUGAUCGAUCAGAAGAGACAGGCGGUGAGAAAACGUUACAGGAAUAAGAAACGCGUGAAAUUCGUUACGGCGAAUUGUAAGCCUAUUCUGUGGAAUGGCUACAAGAAUAUGGUGUUGGAAAUGGAUACAAUGAGAAACCAGAAGGCGAGGGAAUUGAAGAUAAUUUACGAUUCGUUGAUGAAUUACAACGUUACUUACGGUGAACGUAUGGAGAUACUUACGAUGCUGAAGAAAUCGUUGGAAAUGCACAACUGCGUGCCUGCGUUCAAUUUGAUACGACUCUUGGACCAAGAGUUGACUUAUUUGGCAAAGGGAAUAAAAAACAUGUCGCUGGACUACUUCCGGGAGAAAAUAAUUUAUAGUUAUUUGAAUUUUUUACGUUCGUCACACUCGUGUUGUUGCACAAAGAACGACGAAGACUUUUGCAAGAGCGUAGACGAUGAGAAACUUCGUGAACCAAUUGAACCCAAGACGAAAUUAUGUUCCGGUUGUUUAAAAUUGUUUCCCAAGCACAAAUUCACUGUCCAUGGAAGAAUGAAAAAGAUAUAUACCUGCGUUGGUACUAUUUUGAUCUCAUCUCAUAAUAUGGAUACAAUACAAUAUUUUAUUAAAACAUAUGUUUUAUAUUUAUAUAUAUUUUUUUUCAAUGUAUUUCAAGGAUGUACUUGGCUGCGUGAACGGAAUAUUAAACACAUAAACUACGAUCAUUACGUAUUUCUCUUAAAUUGUGUACGUUCGGAGGAAAGAAAAAGAGAAUCAACCUCUGCUAUCUCAUUCAUUAUGCAAAAGCACGACAUGUACCAUUUGGUGAAUAAUAUUUGGCACGGGCACUCGGCCGUUAGCGAAAAUACAGAUCUGUUCUUACUACGAAUUGUUCGAUAUAAUAUGAACGAGGAAUGGUCACCGUGGAAUUGUAUUCUUUUGACGGAGGAAGAAGCUGCUGUUCACUCCAAGAUCGAAAAUUUAGCGGAUGUAUACUCGAAACCACUUAUCGAACGAGUCUUCUUGGCUCAUCAGUUAGCGAAAAACCAAUUCAAGCACUUGAGACAGUUCGAGAAGGAUUUCCGAGAAACGUUUCAUAAGAUCAGCAGAGAGGUGAUAUAUAAGCCGGCGAUCAAAGUGGACGAUUACCUCUACUCAUGAUGUAUUUCCUUGUGUCUAAUUGCCCGUGUAUUUUCACUCGUGAAUUUCCUAUACGAUUUUUCAUUGUAACAUUUUCCCGAUAUAAUCGGAUUAAAACAUCGAUUUUCUCGAAUGCAUUUAGUUGUGGAACAAGUUCACGUAAACGACAAAACUUUUUUUCCGUUAACAAGAUGGAUGAUCUUCGUUUGGAUUUCGUUUGUUGCGUUUGGCACAACGGAGAGAGGGAAAACGAUUAGCGGAAAAGUUCGAGGAGGUUCUUUUUUUUUUUCUUUCUUUCUUUUUCUAACAAACGAUAUAAUAAAAUCGAAAAAUAAUGGAGUAGAAAGUGCUUUUGACCGAUCGACCAAACAGGUUGCCAUUGGCAACGAUGGAUUUAAGGUGGUUCUGACUUUUCAGGCGGUGUAGAAGUCUCUUAUAUGGAUUGCGUCGCAUUAAAAGUUCCGUUAGUCUUCUCAGCCCGGAGUUGGUCAUUUGUUUUUUCCCCCGUGAUACGAUGUUAUUUCAGUAAAUCUAACAGCGGAUUGUUUCAAGGCACGACAUCGAUAUCGUUUACCUUUCCAUUGUUCUGUAUCGUGAUCCUCUUCGUUGUUUGUCAAUUUGAAUGGAACGAGUUUACGAUAAAUUUCACAGUGACAAAUCGCGACGAAACAAGCGAUAAAUAAUGAUGGUGGGAUCAACAGAAUCUGAUAAACAGCAGCUUCAUAAAAAUAACUUAUGAUGAUGGUAUGGAUCACGAAAAACAGAAGUGAUUUCGAAACUGAGGGUGAGUUGGAAUAUAAAUUAUAUUUAUGAUUAUCGCGAUAUCAAUCGAGAAAGGACAUUUUCCAUAUAUUGCAUUAAUUUACAUUUCACAUCCUUCGCAUCUUUAUGGAUAUUCGCUUUGAUGAAUUUUGCACGUAACGGGUUAAUAGUUAAUUCCUUCGGGUCUAUCUACGCGCGCAACGAAACUAAUUUUAAAAAUAAAUUGAUGAUUUAUCAUGUACGGAUUUUAAUGAGAAGAAUCAUUUGUUAUUCUCGUGCUCGAGAUAAUUGCAAUGUAUUGUAAUCAACGCAUGUUACGAAUCGAUUUCUCUCUAGUUUUCGACGAUCGAUGAUGGUAUUAUUAAUAACGAAACUCGAUUCUUAAUUAUCAUUUCUACUAAUUAUUCGCCUCGAUUCCAACGCGUUACGUGUCUCCUCUUUUCGAUAUCGAAAUAUUUUGUAAUAUUUUCUCGAGUCUUUCCUCUUUUUUUUCAAAUUUACAAAAUAUUUUUACUUAGCCUCUUUAUGUUGUUUUAUUAUUGGACAUUGAAGUUUUUCGAACGUAAAUUUUAAAUGAAAUUUCAUUCGCGGUUUUGAAAUAUUGAAAGAAUAUUAUUCUAGAAUAUUUAUGUUUGAUUUCGAAAAGAAGAAAGGAACGUUAAUCCCGAUAGGGGAAUGAAAAAUCAUUCCGCCUGCUAUUCCUGUGUGCGUGAGUAUGCUCGCAGGUAGAAGUUACAUUGGCGAUUCUCUUUUUGCAUUUUUUUCCCCACUCUGGUCUAUUUAUUUCAAUAUUUUUACAUUCGUGUCGUAUCUUAGCGAUACUUAUUUUCGUUUUCAUUUUAAAUUAUUCAGAACAUCUUUCGCGCGUUCUGAGUAAAUUUUUAAAAAUAGCCAGUAAUAAUUCACGAGAAUUUUCUCUCGAGAAACCUCUCAAUCUUGAAAUAACUUGACUCUUUUGCAAAAAAACAUAAAUAAUUUUUUAAUUAUUUCCUCAUUAGAUAUUAUUUCUCCAAGAUGGAGUAUACGAGAUAUUUUUCUUUCAUUUUUUCGUUAAAUUAGUGAAAAAAAAUGACAUCGUUUGAUUCGCAAGAAGCAAAAUAACACACGAAAAUUUAUUCAAAGAAAAUUCGGGCAUUUUUUAUUUUUCGUUGUGUUCUCGCCAGGAUCAUGAAUGUUUCAUACGCUAGUGAUCCAAUUAAACAGAAAUUAAAUUUCAAUGUUCAGUUCGCCACAAAUAUUUAAUAAGCAAAAUGUAAAUACUUAGCUCGCGGGAAAGAGGGGCCAGUUUACAUGUGCAAAAUGAAUUCUCUGUUUAUCCUACGUUUCGCGAAUUUUAAUUAAAUUACAAGCAAGUCCAAUCGAAAAUCUGUAUCAUAUUGGACACAUUAACGUUGCAAAACAAACUUCAAUCUUAUCUUUUCCAGAGACAUACUUCAAAACCUGUCUUCCUCAGGAUA